AUGGAGCAUACCUCACCUCCUGCUCCCAUCUCACAUCGCUUUACGCUCGAGCUCGAGUUUGUCCUCUGCCUCGCGAAUCCUCAUUAUCUUCAAUAUCUGGCUGUGAAUUAUCCCCAUCUACUCAAUACGCCGACAGCAUCCCAAGGGACAGCCGAGAUCGCAGAUUGUGAUGCUGCGCGAUUUGCACGAUACCUCAAAUAUCUUUACGAAUACUGGCGAACUCCGGUUUAUGUCAAAUAUCUGACGCACCCGGGGGCAACUCUUCGGAAUCUUGAACUUCUACAACAGGAGCAAUUUCGGAGAGACAUAAUUAGACCAGACGUUGUCGCCAAAUUGUUCGAGACGGACCCUGCACAAGAUACUCCUAGCCCUGAUGAUCCAGAGGCGAUUCCACCAGUCGAGCAAGUCGGCUAA